AUGCCGCUGUGCGUGACCUCUCACCUUUGCCUGCUGGUCCUGCCAGUGAUGUCACUGCUGCUGCUCCUCUCUCCUAUUGGCUGGAGCCAUGAAGGGCUCAGCCCAGGGUGUCACCUGCACCCCUUCAACGUGACCAUCCGCAGUGACCGUCGGGGCACCUGCAAAGGAACCCAUCUGGUCUACGCCUGCGUCGGCUACUGUGAGUCCAGCGCCUUCCCGUCCAGAUACUCCGUCCUGGCCGCUUCAAACUUCACCCACAACAUCACCUCAGCCUCGCGAUGCUGCACCAUCAGCAAGGAGGCCAAGGUCAAAGUUCGUCUGGACUGUCCACGAGGCCGUCACCACGACGACAUGGAGAUUCUGACGGCGAAGGCCUGCCGCUGUGACAUGUGCCGCAAGUCCCGCUACUGA